AUGGGUAUUGACAUUAAGAAACAUCAUGUAAGAAAAAGAAACAGAACUGAACCAAAAAGUGAGGAUGUAUACCUCCGAUUGUUGGUGAAGCUUUACAGAGUUUUAGCAAGAAGAACAGAUUCCGAUUUUAAUAAAGUGAUUUUAAAACGUUUAUUUAUGUCACGUGUGAAUAGGCCACCGAUUUCAAUUUCUCGAUUAAUUCGUAAUUUAGCAAACAAAUCAGAUAAGAUUGCAGUUGUGGUGGGAACAGUUACCGAUGACAAUCGAGUUUUAGAUGUACCAAAGAUGUCAGUUGCGGCACUUCGUAUAACAAAAACCGCUAAAGCAAGGAUCUUAAAAGCUGGUGGUGAAGUUCUUACACUUGACCAAUUGGCUUUACGCUCACCAAUUGGUUCUAAUACUGUACUUUUAAGAGGUCCAAAAUCAAGAGAAGCUAUCAGACAUUUUGGAAUGGGUCCACAUAAAAAUGCCAAACCUUAUGUUCGUUCAAAGGGAAGAAAGUUUGAAAAGGCGCGUGGUCGUAGAGCUUCUCGUGGAUUCAAAGUUUAA